CCCUCCCAGCUCCCGGGCCGGGGGGCGCGAUGGCUUGUCGCUCCUGUGUCGUUGGCUUCAGCAGCCUCAGCAGCUGUGAGGUGACCCCGGCGGGCGGCCCCCGGCCUGGUAUCUCGAGAUGGAGCAGCUGCGAUGUCCCGGGGCUGGAUUUCAGCUCCCGAAGCCUCACAGGCUGCUGCUCUACUGGCACCAUCCCCCAGGUGACCUUGAACCCCAGCCUGCUGGUGCCCCUGGACCUGAAAAUGGACCCAGCCAUCCAGCAGCAGAAGAACCAGGAGAAGGAGGAGAUGAAGAUCCUCAAUGAUAAGUUUGCCUCUCUGAUUGGCAAGGUGCAGGCCCUGGAACAACGCAACCAACUGUUAGAGACCCGCUGGAGCUUCCUGCAGGGCCAGGACUCUGCCUCCUUUGACUUGAGCCACCUCUACGAAGAGUACCAGGGCCAACUGCAGGAGGAGCUGCGUAAAGUGAGCCAGGAGCGGGGACAGCUGGAAGCCAACCUACUGCAGAUGCUCGGGAAGGUGGAGGAGUUCCGAGUCAGGUAUGAGGAUGAGAUCUCCAAGCGCACAGACAUGGAAUUCACUUUCGUCCAGCUGAAGAAGGACCUAGACACAGAGUGUCUUCGAAGGACUGAACUGGAAACCAAGUUAAAAGGUCUGCAGAGUUUCGUGGAACUGAUGAAAACGAUCUAUGAACAGGAGCUGAAGGACCUGGCAGCCCAAGUGAAAGACGUUUCAGUGACCGUGGGAAUGGACAGCCACUGCCACAUCGACCUGAGUGGCAUCGUGGAGGAGGUGAAGGCCCAGUAUGAUGCCAUCGCCGCGCGCAGCCUGGAGGAGGCCGAGGCAUACUCCCGCAGCCAGUUGGAGGAGCGAGCUGCCCGCUCUGCUGAGUUCGGAUCCAGCCUGCAGAGCAGCCGCAGUGAGAUCUCGGAGCUCAACGUUCACAUCCAGAAGCUCCGAUCCCAGAUCCUCUCCAUCAAGAGCCACUGCCUAAAAUUGGAGGAGAACAUCAAGAUGGCCGAAGAACAGGGUGAGCUGGCCUUCCAGGAUGCUAAAGGCAAACUGGCCCAGCUGGAGGCUGCUCUGCAACAGGCCAAGCAGGACAUGGCACGGCAGCUGCGAGAAUACCAGGAGCUCAUGAACACCAAACUGGCCCUGGACAUCGAGAUUGCCACCUACCGCAAGCUGGUGGAGGGCGAGGAGAGCCGGAUGGAGCUGCCCUCAACCGCAAUGGUCAGCGCUGUGCAGUCCCGCUGCAGGACCACUUCUUCCAAGUCAAGCCUCUCCAAGGCCCCCUUCCGGAAGAAGAAAACCAAAGGCCACGUGAUCAAAAUCACAGAAAUGUCCGAGAAGUUCCUCUCCCAGGAGUCGGAAGCUUCAGAAUAA